AUGACUUUACCCCAGCCCUGGCAGGUAUCCGGCUCUUGUCAGGGGUCAAGUGUGCAACUACAACGAGUCAAUGUUGUCGGGGUCGACAAGACACCCAUAUCGACGCCACGGCAACGAGUGUUGGCCAAGUUGGCUGAGCAUAGACGGCGAAAUCGCAUUCCUAAACCGGCCGCAAAUACCGGUACAGACGGCGUCGUUUUGAGGGCUGCGUCGAACUGCGAUGCAGUGACCGAGGCAACAGAGUCGGACUCGGCGCCAGGAUGGACGGAGGAGGAGGAGUUGCAGGAGCUCCGAUUGACCAUCAAUCGACGCGAACGUCGGCGAAUGCAAGAUCUCAACAUAGCCAUGGAUGGACUUCGGUAA